UCGAGUGAGGACUUAGAAGUUGAUGUUCUUGUGGGUGCAGAUUAUUUGUGGUUGUUGCAAAGGGAUUGUGUAAGACGCGGUAAGCCCGGCGAACCUGUUGCGAUUGAUACUGUUCUUGGUUGGGUGGUUUCUGGGCCGAUCGGUGGGUUUGAUGUAGAUGAACCAGUUACUGCUCAGGUAACUCUUGUUUCUAGCGAAGUGCGAAACCCUUUGGUAGAUAUUACUAAAUUUUGGGAUUUAGAGAGCAUAGGGAUAAAAGAUCAGAAUAGUGAUGUGCAUGAAUCAGUGAUUAGUGAUUUAAAGUUUAGUGGUACACGUUAUUCAGUUGGCCUACCCUGGAGAGAAAGCCAAGAUCCCUUGCCCACUAACUAUGAAUUGAGUCUUAAGCGUAUGAAAGGACAGAUAAAGCGCCUGAACAAGGAUCCAGUAUUAUUAGGUGAGUAUGACUCCAUCAUAAAAGCGCAAGAAGAAGCAGGUGUUAUUGAAAAGGUAAGCCCGAAUAAAGUAAUUAAUCCCAAGUCAAAAGUACAUUAUAUACCACAUCAAGCUGUUGUGCGUAAAGACGCAACAACGACGAAAGUCAGAAUUGUUUAUGACGCCAGUGCUAAGUCGCAAAAGUCUGGUGUUUCAUUGAAUGAUUGUUUGAAUGCUGGACCCUCGCUCAAUCCACUUCUUUUCGAUAUUUUGCUUAGAUUUCGAGAACAAAGGGUAGCGCUCGUAGCGGACAUCGAAAAAGCGUUUUUGAAUAUUGAAGUUCACGAAAAGGAUCGCGAUAGUCUAAGGUUUUUAUGGGUAGAUGACGUGCUGCGCAAUAACUUAAAUCUUGUCGUUUAUCGUUUCUGUAGGGUCGUGUUUGGUGUGAACUCGUCACCGUUCUUGCUCAAUGCAACGUUAAGGCACCAUAUUAGUAAGUACGCAGUGUAUGAUAAGCAUUUUGCCGAUAAAUUAUUGAGAAGUUUUUAUGUCGACGACUUAGCUACCGGCGAAGCUAACACAGAAAGUGCGUAUUUGUUAUAUACAAAGGCUAGGGAGCGCAUGAACGAAGGUGGUUUUAAGUUGCGUAAAUGGCGCACUAAUGAUAGUGAAUUAAGGACGCAAAUACAAGAAAGCGCCAAUGAUUUAGACAAACAUGUAGAAGAGGCUGAAGAGCAAACAUAUGCGAAGGAAAUGCUUGCGUGCCAGGCCGGAGGCCAGUUUGGCAAGGUGCUUGGAUUGCAAUGGGAUUGCGUGCGCGACUUAAUUAGAUUUGACUUUGACCACUUGACUGAAAAAGCGCAGAAUUUAGAGCCUACUAAGCGAAAUGUUUUGAGUCUUCUAGCUUGUAUAUUUGAUCCCCUAGGACUUUUGAGCCCGACUGUUGCUAAAGCUAAAAUUCUUUUUCAGGAUAUAUGUAUUAGUAGUCUAGAUUGGGACGAUGUUUUGACCAAAAGCUUGAGAGAGAGAUGGGAGAAAUGGUUGAAGGAUUUUAGUGAGGCAAAAUGGGUGACAGUUGAGAGAUAUGCGAGCGUAUCAGACAAUAGUUUAGGGCAGUCAAGCGGAGCAAAGUAUUGGUUACAUGGGUUUGGUGAUGCAUCAAAACGAGCAUAUUGUGCGGUUAUUUAUCUUGUAACCAUAGUGAACGACAAGGCACAAGUUAAGUUAGUAGCCAGCAAGACUAGAGUGUCUCCGAUUAAAGAGCUUAGUAUACCCAGACUAGAGUUAAUGGCAGCUAGGAUUUUAGCGCAAUUAAUGGAUGCAGUUAGACAAGCGCUAGAAGUAGAAUACAAGUUUGAAGGCGUGAGAUACUGGACUGACAGUAAGACUGUAUUGUGUUGGAUAAGUAAUACAGGUAGCUGGAAGCAGUUCGUUCAACACAGAGUGGACGAGAUUUUGAGAAUAAGUUCGAAGAGAGACUGGGGCCAUUGCCCAGGUAUAGAAAAUCCCGCAGAUUUAGGGUCGAGAGGGGUUUUCAUAACAGAACUUAAAAAUAGUGAUCGUUGGUGGUCAGGGCCGUCAUGGCUAAAGGGUAAUCCUACUGACUGGCCGAGUUUGGUAGCAGCAGUUCCAACUUUAGAAAGUAAAGUGGAACAGAAGAAAUCUUUUAGUGUCAAUUUGUUGAUCAAUACAGAUUCAUUGUUUGGCAUUUGCAAUUUGAUCAGUUUAGAAAGGAUCAGUUGCCUCAAAAGGCUGCUGAGAGUGACAGCAUGGGUGAAGCGAUUUAUAAGCAAUUUAAUUAAAGCGAAAAAAGUUAGGCAAAGAGGGAGUUAGUGGAGCGUUGGAAGCGAGUAAAUUGAAAAGUGCAGAGUUAGCAUGGGUUAAGGCAGAUAGUUUUAUAAGAUCAGCAAGGGUAUAAGCAGUUGGAGGGACAGUAUGGUUUGGUAGAAAAAGACGAGGUACUUCACUGUGCAGGAAGAUUAGGCAGUUCUGAGUUAGAUACCGAAGCAAAAGAGCCGAUAGUUCUGCGCAGAAAGCACAAGUUGACAGAGUUAGUCAUAGCACAGUGUCACGAGUCAGUUAUGCAUAGUGGAGUUAGGCCAACGUUAGCUCAGCUCAGGUCAAAGUAUUGGAUAGCGAAGGGCAGACAAGAGGUGAAACGAGCAAUAAAUACAUGUCUAAUAUGCGAUGGAAUAGCAAGGCAUGUGCAAAGCCACAGCAAGCGGCGUUACCAGAAUUUCGCGUCAAUAGAGCAGCACCAUUUGAAAACUCAGGCGUAGAUUUUGCAGGACCUUUGUUUGCUAAAACAAAGAGCGGCACGAGUAAGGUUUACAUCGCGCUAUUUACUUGUUGCGUGACCCGAGCAGUGCACCUUGAGUUAGUGCAAGAUUUGAAAACGGCUACAUUUCUACGUUGUUUUAGAAGGUUUGUAGGGAGAAGAGCGCCACCAAAAAUAAUGAUUUCGGACAAUGCUAAAACCUUUCAAGCUGCAAAGAAAGCACUGCGCGAGUUAUUUGGAAGCGAAGAAGUUCAGAAUUGUUUAACCAAUAAGGGAGUAGAUUGGAGAUUUAAUUUGGAAAGGGCCCCAUGGUGGGGAGGGUUUUUUGAAAGACUGAUAGGUCUUGUUAAAGUUUCUUUAAGGAAAGUUUUAGGAAAUUCAAGGCUCACGUUUGAUGAAUUGAGGACAGUUCUGGUUGAAGUCGAAGCUAAUCUAAACUCGAGACCGCUGACAUACGAAUAUGACGAGAUAAGCAGUGAGGUGCUUACACCUUCACAUUUAGUUUACGGUAGACGAAUUACUACACACCAGAUAAUACUGAGGUAGAUGUUAGGGAGUUAGGACAGGAUUCUACCAAGGGCAAUAGCAUUGUACGCUUCAAAUAUUUGAGUAUCAUUUUGGAGCACUUCUGGAACAGGUGGAAACGGAAAUAUCUUACAAACCUAAGAGAGUUCCACAAGGUUGGCGUGUCUGCGAAAGGAUCUGUGAUUGUGAAGCCUGGAGAUGUGGUCAUUGUGUUUGCGCAGGGAAAGAAAAGGGGGGAGUGGAAGACAGGUGUUGUGCAUGAGUUGAUUCAUGGCAAGGAUAAUGUUGUACGUGGUGCUAAGGUGUAUGUGAUGACAAAUGGUCGAAGGCAACUCUUAAGCAGGCCUUGUCAGCAUUUGUACCCUGUUGAGGUAAAGAAAGGGGAUGAAAUCAAGGAAGUUGGUGAGGUGAAUUUGGAUGUGGUUAAGAGAAAGGUCGACGGUACAGAGAGGCGACAAAAAAGGAGUGCUGCAAUAGACGCAAGGUGGAAAACAAAGGCGAUGCUUGACUCGUAG